AUGGCGAGGCAUCUGGCUGUUGCUCUCCUGCUGGCGGCGGCGCUCCUGCAGCUCGCCCCCAGCGGCGGCAGGGAGCUGAAAGGGAGCGGUGCAGCAUCCGCUGGUAGUAGCGGCGAGGUGAAGGCUCAGGUGGCGCAGCUGCCCACCCUGCCGGUGCCACCCGUUGGUUCGGGGCUGCCGGUGCCGCUUCCGUCCGUGUCUGGUGUUCCAGGACUACCACCCGUUGGUUCGGUAGUGUCGGUGCCACCCGUUGGUUCGGGGUUGCCGGUACCGCUCCCGCCCGUACCCGGUGUUCCAGGGCUACCACCCGUUGGUUCGGUGGUGCCAGUGCCACCCGUUGGUUCGGGGCUGCCGGCGCCGCUCCCGUCCGUGCCCGGUGUUCCAGGGCUACCACCCGUGGGUUCAGGGCUGCCAGUGCCGCUUCCGCCCGUGCCCGGUGUUCCAGGGUUACCACCCGUUGGUUCGGUGGUACCGGUGCCACCCGUUGGUUCGGGACUGCCGGUGCCGGUGCCGCUCCCGCCCGUGCCCGGUAUUCCCAGGCUACCUCCUGCUCGCAAGUUCGACAAGUCUCCAUGA